UGACCUGGUGCUUUCAGUGUUUCCGUAUUGGGCCAAUCGACCAGUUCUGUUUCAGUUUUUUGGAGAGCACACACAUCUGAAUUUUUGUUUUACAAAAGUCUAUACAAUUUUCGAUCACGUUGAAUCGAACAAUCAGUUUUCUGGCGCUAUGGUGAAGAAAACAAAAACACUUCAGCUGCUGCGAAUGGCUCGCUCUGUCUUCACGAUCAUUUAUAACGACCACUUCUGCUGGACCUUCAUAAAGAGCUAUACACUCUUCUCCCUGGCGAUCCCGCUGGCCAAGUACUUUGAUGGUUUCCAAGUAUUGCCCAACGGUGGAGUCGUGUAGUUUUUCUUUUUGCUAUCGGAUUUGUGUCAAAUGUACCUAAAUUAAAGGUUUAUGGAUCAAGGCAAACGUUGAUAUGUGACAUAUCAAUAAAAAAAUAUUAGCAAACUA